AUGGAGUGGGAGACCCGGAACCUGAAAAACAAAACUCCUAGCGAGACGAAGGUCGACACCUCCUCGAAGCUUGGGCUCAACUCUGGCGGUCGGCGAUCUCGUCUUUGGUCGGGGAAUGGUUCGAUGGCUAAACCCCGCCGUGAGUUCUUCGAAAGCAAUCUUGCUCGGAGUUGUGGAGCAUAUAAACUCCCCAGGUUGAGGGCUUCUUGCCAACGAAACAAGACAGUACAAUGUUUAAGGGCUCAAAGGGUUUCAUGUGUGUCGGAAGGUAGUCCUGAGGAAUUCGGAGAGUCCCAGAAGGCGGCUGCCAUUGAUCUGAAACUCCCGAGGAGAAGUUUGUUGGUAACUUUUACAUGUGAUGCUUGUAGUGCUCGAUCACAAAGGCUGAUAAAUAGAUUGGCGUAUGAACGGGGGCUUGUUUACGUGCAGUGUUCAGGAUGUUCUCGAUAUCACAAGCUAGUCGACAAUCUCGGACUUGUGGCUGAAUACAAGCUCCACGAUGAAAUUGAUCAGGAUGCAAGUACGGAUCAUACCUAG